UCUUGCCUGCGCAGAGAGAGGGAGGAGGACGUCACAACGGCUCUCCUUUCUUUCCCGGUUCGGCCUUCUCCAAACGGUUCUGCCAGAAGAACCUCAAUUGUUCCUUCUCGGAUUCUGGGUUUGUCUUCCAAUAGCCAUCCGGUUCGCGCGGCAGUAUCUUCCAUUUCCUUUUUUCAGAUAUGGAGAGGAAUUAUGGUAAUGAUGAACCAUCAAUGGCUCGCAUCCAGCAAUUGGAGUAUGAGCGUGAUGAAUUGCACAGAGAGCGUGAUGAGUUACGUAGAGAUAUAGAACAACUAUGCAUACAGCAAGCUGGACCUGGCUACCCGGCAGUCGCAACUCGGUUGCAUUUCCAGAGGUCUUUGCUGGGAGACGUUGGGGGUCCCUUUUAUGUGUAGGUUGCUACGAUUUAAGAAAGCAUAAGGAUUGUUAAUGCCCUAUUAGGACAGCUAGCUUGGAGCAGGAAAUAGAGAAUUUGAAGAUGAAGUUAGCUGCCAGUACUAGAGAGAGUCGAAAUCUUCAAGACGAGCUUUCAGAAGCAUUUCGAAUUAAACAGGUUGCUUCAGGACGUUUUGGUGUCACUCCAACUUUCUUGGUUAACGCUGAUCAACUAGAAAUAAAAAUAGCACAAGGUGCCAAACCUGGUGAAGGGGGCCAACUGCCUGGGCAGAAAGUUAGUGCAUAUAUUGCCAGGUUGAGGAAUUCUAAGCCUGGGGUUCCACUUAUCUCUCCACCACCCCAUCAUGAUAUCUAUUCCAUUGAAGAUCUUGCUCAGUUGAUCUUUGAUCUCCAUCAGGUCAACCCUAGGGCUAAGGUCUCUGUGAAGCUGAUAUCAGGGCAUGAUGGUGGAACAGGAGCCAGCCCCAUUAGUUCCAUUAAGCAUGCUGGUGGUCCUUGGGAACUUGGGCUAACAGAAACUCAUCAGACCCUCAUCAAUAACGGACUGAGAGAAAGGGUAAUUCUUCGAGUCGAUGGUGGCUUCAAGAGUGGCUUUGAUGUCAUGAUGGCUGCAGCAAUGGGAGCCGACGAGUAUGGAUUCGGUUCUGUUGCUAUGAUCGCUACUGGUUGUGUUAUGGCCCGUAUUUGCCACACGAAUAAUUGCCCAGUUGGUGUUGCCAGUCAGAGGGAAGAACUACGUGCUCGGUUUCCUGGCGUGCCAGCUGAUCUGGUUAAUUACUUUCUGUAUGUUGCUGAGGAGGUAAGAGGCGUGCUGGCAGAAUUGGGUUACCAGAAGUUAGACGAUAUAAUUGGGAAAACAGACAUACUAAAACCACGAGACAUCUCCCUUGUGAAAACCCAGCAUCUUGAUCUAAGUUAUGUGCUCUCGAUUGCAGAUGCAAUUGAGAAGGAAAAGGUUGUUAACAAGACUUUUCAUAUAUUCAAUGUGGACCGUGCUGUCUGUGGGCGGAUAUCUGGUGCAAUGGCCAAGAAAUACGGCGAUACUGGUUUCGCUGGACAACUGAACAUAACGUUUAAUGGGAGUGCAGGUCAGUCAUUUGGAUGUUUUUUGACUCCCGGGAUGAAUGUCCGGCUUGUAGGAGAAGCAAAUGAUUAUGUUGGAAUAAAGGGUAUGGCUGGAGGAGAGCUGGUGGUCACUCCAGUAGACAACGCAGGGUUUUGCCCUGAGGAAGCUGCCAUUGUUGGGAACACCUGUCUCCACUGGUGGGCAAGUCUUCGUUCGAGGGAAAGCUGGGGAACGGUUGGGCGAAAUGUGGCUGCUGGCAUGACUGGAGGUUUGGCGUACAUGCUCGACGAUGACGAUACCUUGAUACCCAAGAUAAACAAGGAAAUAGUGAAGGUACAAAGAGUGACUGCUCCAGUUGGUCAAAUGCAGCUCAAGAGCCUCAUUGAAGCUCAUGUUGAAAAGACCGGUAGCGCGAAAGGCGCUGCUAUCCUCGAGGAAUGGGAGAAAUACCUCCCUCUCUUCUGGCAGCUGGUUCCUCCCAGCGAAGAGGACACGCCGGAGGCUUGCGCGUUGUCCGAGGCCACCGCCGCCGACCAAGUCACCACCUUUCAAGAAACCCGCCGCCGCCGAGUAUGCCUCCAUGCCGCCGCCGCCGAGUACGCCUCCACGCCGGCCCAGCUCCAGGCAAUCGUCCACUACGCCACCUCCCGGACCACGCCGCAGCAAAAAAUCGACGGGGAGGAAACGACGACGGCGGAACAGGCGGGGGUCGCUGCCGGUGGUGAGAAGGGGGAAGGGCUGGUCGGCGGUGAGAAGGGGGGAGAUGAAGUGGAAGCGGAUGUUCUCGGCGAGAAGGGGGAAGGGCUGGUCGGUGGUGAGAAGGGGGAAGGGCUGGUGGAGGCGGCGAGUCUUAGGGGAGGAGCCUGUCGACUGAUUUGGGGGAGGAGGCUGAGUCUUAGGGUUAGGGUUAGUGGGGGCGUGGGCGGCGUCGUUUAA